GCAGCCAAGCUGGUAGGCCGCUGACUAACUCCGCGAUUGUUCCCAUUCUUUGUCAGACGUUUUCUGAGUUUUUGACGGAUUCUUCGAAGCAGUUCAACCAAUUCGAAUCGUAGAAGUAUUUAUCCUAAUCCGAUCGUUUCCAAACUGUGUCUCAGUUUCAAUUUCCAUGGCGGCGGCAAACAGUUCUUUGGAGAACCCAAUGAGGGUCAAUUCGCGGAGGAGCAGCAACACCAUACAUCCGGUAGACGUAGAAGCACCCCCGGCGGCGGUGACACCCGGCCCAAUUGUUUACAGAGAAGUCAAACAUUUCAAGAAAUGGAUACCGUGGCUGGUUCCUGCUAUCGUGGUUGCCAACACAAUUAUGUUGAUCAUCACCAUGUACGUGAACGAUUGUCCCAAAAAUUCUGUGUCUUGCAUUGCCACCUUCCUGGGUAGGUUUGCCUUUCAGCCUUUCAAGGAGAAUCCGCUUCUGGGUCCUUCGUCUGCAACGCUACAGAAAAUGGGGGCGCUAGAUGUAACAAAAGUGGUUGAUGGACAUCAAGGAUGGCGUCUCAUCACUUGCAAUUGGUUACAUGGAGGAGUUUUUCAUUUACUUGCAAACAUGUUGAGUCUUUUAGUUAUUGGAAUUCGGCUUGAGAGAGAAUUUGGUUUUGUGAAGAUUGGGUUGAUUUAUGUCAUCUCUGGCUUUGGUGGGAGUUUGCUUUCAGCUCUUUUCAUCCAGUCAAAUAUUUCUGUUGGUGCAUCUGGUGCACUUUUUGGGUUACUUGGAAGCAUGCUUUCUGAACUCAUUACUAAUUGGACAAUAUAUGCUAAUAAGGUGGCAGCAUUUGUGACUCUUCUGGUGAUCAUCAUUAUUAAUUUGGCAGUAGGAAUCCUCCCACACGUUGACAACUUUGCUCAUAUUGGAGGAUUUCUUUCUGGAUUUUUUCUUGGGUUUGUAUUUUUGAUCCGCCCCCAGUUUGGAUGGGUUAGUCAAAAAUAUGCUCCUUAUGGAAAUGUUUCUUCAACUAAAUCUAAAUUCAAGAUGUACCAGUGCAUAUUAUGGGUUAUUUCACUGGUUCUUUUAAUUGUUGGUUUGACUGUUGGCCUGGUUAUGCUUCUCCGUGGAGUUGAUGCAAAUGACCAUUGUUCUUGGUGUCAUUACUUGUCUUGUGUCCCUACUUCAAGAUGGAGCUGCAAUACACAGCCUGACUAUUGCAUGUCUUAUCAAACAGGGAAUCAGGUGAAUGUAACAUGUUCCAGCAAUGGGAAAUCCAAUAUAUACACUUUGUCUGGUGCAACCAGUUCUCAGAUUCAGAGCUUAUGUUCUCAGACGUGCAGCUGAUCUUUGCAGCUGAAACAGAUGAAACUUGGGAUAUGUCCGCCCCUGUGUACAAAUUUUAUGAGAAUGAAGUAUAAACAGAUGCAGUACUAUGUUUGAUUGGUUUAAAUUUAAUUGAUUGUUAUUGGCCAAUAGGUUUUAGAUACAUGGAUUAUGAACACAUCAGAAUGUGAAUAUACAGCCUUGAGCUUCUGAUCGAGGUUCAGUACAUUUCUUACUUAAACCAAACAUUUUAUUCUCUAGACAGGAGAGAGAGAGAGAGAGAGUGAGCUUCUGAUCGAGGUUCAGUACAUUUCUUACUUAAACCAAACAUUUUAUUCUCUUAUACAUAAUCCUUUGAUUCUGCUUAAAUCUGCUUUCUACAAAAAAUCGUUUUUGUUAUA